GCAAGAUCUUUGAUCUGUUUACAUAUACUGUCGCCGGUCCGCUAUACGCAUUAUUGUUUCAUUACGGAGUGGUUGACGUUGCAUACAAACGGUGAAUAAAAUCGGGUUGCAAAACAAGUCAGCUGCCAAGAUUGUCUGUUAUGAGGUGGACGUGCAUGAUGUUGGCUUCAGGCUUCUUCCACGGGAGACGUCUAGGAUCAUUUUUGAGUUUGCCACAUAAGUUACAACAAAUAGCUGCAUACAAUUCCUAUUGGCCAGUUAUGCGAUUUUGCAGCAUACCAGUGAUACAAAACCACUCCUUGCCUCUGUGUUGCAUAAAUUUUGUGCCGUUCAGAGGCUAUGCUAAAGGAAAAGACAAGAAGAAAGAGAAGAAAGGAAAGAAAAAGAUUGAAAUUAAUGAGACCAUGUUGGGAGAAAUUGUAGAUGUUGAAAGUAUGAAAGCUCAGAUGAAGAAAGCAGUAGAUACUCUGAAGGAUGAGUAUAUUAAGAAUCUCUCUCUUCGUUCAACAACAGGUUCAAUUGAGUCACUCAAAGUACGAUUCGAAGGAAAGGAUUUCACAUUGCAGGAACUUGCACAAGUUAUCAGGAAGAACCCAAAAACUGUAAUUAUUGAUGUUUCAACAUUUCCUCAGGCCAUUCCGUCAGUGCUUCAGUCAAUACAGAAGUCGGGGAUGAAUCUCAAUCCACAGCAAGAUGGAACAACGCUGUACAUUCCUGUUCCAGUGGUAACAAAGGAAUACAGAGAAACUCUUGCAAAAAAUGCAAAAGUUCUUUUUAUCAGAUGCCGUGAUAAUGUGAAAGAUGUGCAAAAUCGAUAUAUUAAAAAGGUGAAAACUCUUGCAGAUGUUUCAGAGGAUACAUCUCACAGUGUUCAAGAACAGAUUGCUGCUUUCGCAGACCAAUAUUUGGCAGAAGCAACAAAGAUUUUCGAAGCCAAAGAAUCUGAGCUCUUAAGAUAAGGAAGAACUAAGGUGUCUAGUGUGAAUGUUUUAGUUGUAUAAAUGUCUUUGAAUGAUAUUAAAAAUGUGACUAGAGACACUGAUAAAUGUGUAAUUAGUAUACACUUGGGUUUUUGUUGUGAAAUAAACUUAAAAGAGACA